UCCCUACUUUAAAAAUACGCAAUGUAGCAGAGGAGGAGUAAUAACGCCGUUUCUCUGCCAUUUUUAGCAAGUGUUGGGCGUAGUUUCAAAGGCGGGUUAUCGAUCUAGUAGUUUGAAAGAAGGAACGAGGGCCAAGAAGCUUCCUAAUUCGUCGACGAAUGGCUGACAUCACGCCCGAAUUAAUUUUAUGCCGACUGAAGGGGAUUUGGUCGAAUAUGGCGGACCGGCUGGAAGAUCUGGUGUACACGGACGACUCAAAAGAAAUGAUUGAUAUUAUUAAUGUUUUGUUAAUAGGUUGGAUUUUAUUGGGUUUAAUCGUUUAUAUCGUCGGUAACAUCAUCGCUAAUCAACUUCAUAAGUAUAAGAAAGGAGAGAAAGCGAAAGAAACACCUGAGCCGAAAGACAGUGCGAUAGAAGUAUCAUCGGCCAAACCACCUUUGCCUUCCGAUUCAUUAGUUAAUCAUAAAGCGAACAUUUUGAAAGAUGAACAUAAAUCGACAAUCGAACAAACGGAGAAAACAUCUACAGCCUUUCCUUCAGCUGAAGGUUCGGAUCCUGAUGCUGUACAUUGGACCAACGACCUCUUGGAAUGGGUCCAGCUUCCGUCUUCAACCCCUUUCCUAAUCCAAGCGUGGAUUCGAUGUUUGAACGAAAAGAUUAAGAAACAAGUAAGUCUCAUAUGUUUACACUUAAUGAUGAACAGUGUUUUCAACAUUUUAAUAUUUAUUCUUUCCAUUUUUCAUCAUGCAAGAUUAAAUUUCUUUAAAAAUAUUGAUCUGUCAGAUUAUUUUUUUAUUUUGUAAAUCACAUUCUUCAAU